AUGCUUGGUCGCCCAACACUUGGAAAACCAGCUUUGGUGCUUGACAGGUACUGCCUCAACUACAAGAGAAUCCCAUACAAGACCGAAUGGGUUGAAUACCCUGACAUCGAGCCUUUGUGCAAGAAACUCGGAAUCGCACCAACGGGUCAGAAGGAGGACGGAUCCGGAAGAGAUCAUUACACGCUGCCCGCCAUCUACGAUCCCUCCACCGGCUCAUACGUCUCCGACUCGUUCGCAAUCGCGGAAUACCUGGACAAGACAUACCCUGAUACGCCCAAGCUCUUUCCGAAUGACACCACUGCGCUACAGGCGGUAUUUACGGAGGUGUUCCGAGCCAAGUUGGCGCCGCUAUGGGCGUUCAUCCUGCCAUCAAUCUGCACAAUUCUGAACCCUCGGAGCGAAGAGUACUUCCGUCGCACGAGGGAGGCGACAUUCGGCAAGGCGCUUGAGGAGCUGCUUCCGAAAGGGGAGGUCGCCGUCGCUGAGUGGGCGAAGUAUCGGGAUGCCCUGACGGAAGUGGACAAGUGGUACGCGAAGAAUGGCGGAAAGGGGCCGUACCUCUUGGGCGAAACGUUCUCCUGGGGUGAUCUGGUGGUGGCUGGGUACACCGUGUGGCUAAGGAUUAUCUGGGGAGAGGAUAGUCCGAAGUGGAAAGACGUCGAAUCGUGGAACGGAGGGAGAUGGAAGACGUUGAUCGACAGUCUCAAGGAGUAUGAAACUGUCGUCUAA